AAGUUAUCCCACGUUAGUGGUCUGCCACCAGUCCAUCACAUGGGCUUGACCACAACUGAAACAACAUACACAAUCUCGUAAUUAUCUCCAAAUCCAAGGGCUUUUGCGUUCAUUGAUACCCUUAUAAAGAAUUUUUUCUUACAUAUUUCUUCCUCCCCAAACAACAGCUACGCUCCAACUCUCAUUUCAAGUUUUUUCCUUUCACUUUUCUUCACUUUCCGGGAAAAUGUACAAGUCCAACAAAAUCCGUCACAUUGUAAGAAUCCAGCAAAUGCUAAAGCGCUGGCGCAGGAAGGCCAGGCUGAUGGCAUCACGCGCACCGUCCGAUGUUCCUUCUGGCCACGUGGCAGUCUGUGUAGGGGAUAGUAGCAAGAGGUUCAUCGUGCGGGCAACGUACCUGAACCAUCCCAUCUUCAAGAAACUCCUCUUACAAGCUGAGGAAGAGUAUGGUUUCAAAAAUAUCGGACCGUUAACCAUCCCAUGCGACGAGUCUGUGUUUGAGGAGAUUCUCCGAGUUGUUUCCCGAUCUGAUUCGGUCCGCUUCUGGAAUCUCGACGAGUUUCAGAGAUGCCGCCACGUCGGCAUCAGGAAUCAUCUCGAGUUUCUGGGUGAAUCACGGCCGCUGCUUCAUGGUUAGCUAAUAGCUAGCUCGGGACUAAUUAUAUUUAUAUUUAUUUAUUUUUUUGAAUUUAGGUUAUUAUUAUUAUCAUAUUAUUAUAUGUCUUAGGUUAGAGAAUUUUAUAUAUUUAUAUUUUUUAGUUAGAGAUGGCGAGUUGGGUAACCGAGUCAUCCGAGUUGAGGAGAGUGAGAGGGGAGGGAGUGGGAAAGUAUUUUCUUGUAAAUUAUGACUGUAUUGACUAAUUAUCAAGGAUUUGUACUAAUCAAAAUGCUUAAUUUAA